AUGGAAGACGUAAAACCUACGACGAGCAUUCCAACUUCGGCUCCAUUCAACUGGUGGGACUUAUUGCCACUAGUCGAAGAGCCGCGACGUAGGGCAAAGGCUCAUUGGACGCCCAAGGGGAUAAUCAUGGCCCAUCCAACAAAGCCACUCAUUCUCCAUUACCCAAACCCUCCGAAUACUAGCGAAAGCAAGCAACUACCGUCACAUCGCCGUAUAUUCGAGAACGAUGCAUUCUCUGCUGCCAAAGUACUAUCAGUCGACUCCUCUGGAGACCUUGUUUUUGCAUACUUUCCCUCGUCGAAUGGCUCAAACGCGGGUGCUUGUUGUAUAUGGGAAAAUAUGCAGUUGAAAGAAUUCUGGACUGCUGAGCAGGGUGAGGCGAUCAUCGAGUGCUGGUGGCUUGGCGAAGCUAGGCAG